UGAUCAUUUCAUUAAUUAUAAAAGCCAACCAUUUCGCAACUUCAUAAAUUUUUUUUUUAUUUUUUUUUUAACAGUUUGAUUUCGACAAUGGAAAUACCAAAAUAUAACGGAACUUGCCAUCCUAAUGAAUAUGUUAAACAAAUGCGUGCAUAUUGUAAAAUAAAUCGAAUUACGAGUGAACUUGAUAUACUUGAAUUAUGCAUUUUAAUGAUAAAUUCAAGUAUUUAUAUUCCGGAAGACAUUUAUAAUUUGGAUAAACUUAUUAAAGUACUUAGUUCACAUCCAACCUUUAGCAUUUUUAAAGAUUCCUGUAAAAAAAAAUUACAAGUAAUGAAAUAUAUUCCCGAGAAAGAAGGAAAUUACACUGCAACAUUCCUUGCCGAUUUUCGUUCACUUUGUAAUGAUGCGGAAAUUUAUGAUCAUAAAGAAAUUAAAAAUUUACUUUUUAAUACAUAUUAUUCAUCAAAUGAAUUCCCAAGAAAUGAAUUCUCAAGAAAUGAAUUCUUGAAAAGUGUGAAUGGUGUUAAUUCGAAAGAUAAAAUAUUUAAAGCGUUUAGCGAUGUUUUCUUUGACGAAUUAAAAGUAGUUAAAUAUGGUUCUUUAAUUACUUUAAGACAUGUUUUAACAGGAAAAUAUUUAUCUAGUUGUAAAAUGAAAUACGAAACAGGUUCUAAACAGCAAUUAGUAUUUGCUGGUGAAAGAACCAAUGAAAAAUCAAAAUUUUCAUGGUUAUUAAAUUCUUGUAAUUCUUAUCAAACUGAUAAAAUAUUUUAUGGCGAUGACAUAUAUUUAACUAAUAAAGCAACUGGACAUGAGCUAUAUAUAGAAAGAUUUUAUAAAUCUCCAACUGGAUUUACAGAAGUACAUUGUAGAAGUGAUUAUUAUUAUUCCGCUUUACGUUGCAAUACAACAAAACAUAAUAAUACACCCUACGUGAAGACCGGUGAUAUAAUUACUUUAAGAAGUUCAGAUUUUUCUUCGGAUUAUUCCAAUGAAACUGAGAACUUUGAUUAUCCAGAUAAUUAUAUUUUAUCUAGUCAUAAUUCCAGAUUUGGAAUUGGGAAUAGAACUUUUCAAGAAGUCGUUGGACAUAAGGGAAGAUUCACUGAAAAUGAUGAGGUAUUUUAUAUUUAAUAAUAAUAAUUAUUAUUAUAUAAUAUAUUUUUUUAAUUUAUUAAAUAUCUGAUUUUAAUAUUUAUUUUAUACAGUGGCAAAUUGAAUUUAUUGAAAAUAAUUAUAAUAUUUAGAAAUAUUUUCAUACAAAACAAAUUAAUUUAUUAACUUAAUCAUAUAUUUAUAUAAUUAUUUUACUUACAUAUGUAUUACAAAUCAUAUCAUUAGAAUAAAAAUUAAAAUUAUUUUUUAAAA